CUCAGCGGACAAUCGAUCAAGAUUCCCCUCCGAAAUAUAAACAAUUUACACAGUGAGAUACAAAUCUAUCUUGACAAAAAUACAAACAUCGAAGCGCAGUGUGCAUACAAUUUCUGGACUUUCAAAAUGUCUCUCGUCGCGGUGGGGGCAUGUUAUGUCGACACCAUUCUAACAACUCCUCACUAUCCCGGCGAAGAUGAGAAGCUACGUGCCUCAACCAUCUCUCGUCGACGGGGAGGUAACUGUCCCAACUCUCUCGAGGUUCUCCAGCAGUUGACGACACACACCCCGUCGUCUUCUGCGUUGUUGAACCUCGUGGCCGUUCUGCCUGCGAAGUCUUCAAUUGCCUCUCAGCAGAUUAGAAAGGAGCUUGAGCCUAAUGUUCAUCUGGAUCAUUGCAUCUAUCGAGAACAAUUCAAUGAGCCUGCGUCGAGCUACAUCAUCAAAAGCCAAUCUUCUGGGAGCAGGACGAUUGUUAAUUACAAUGAGCUGCCCGAUAUGACUAUUGGAGAGUUUACCAAGAUUGCAGAUGAAUUAGGUCCUUCGGCGACAUGGUUCCAUUUCGAGGGCCGGGUACCAGACGUGACUCUUUCUUGUAUACAAUAUCUUCGUCAAAAAUUCCCCUCUGUAACAGUUAGUAUUGAGGUGGAAAAGCCCCAGCGAGAAGGCUUGCAGGACCUGGCCGUGGAGGCAGAUGUGGUUUUCUACUCGAAGGGCUGGGCCCAGGGAAAUGGAUAUAUAUCAGCAGCGGAAUGUCUCCGGAAACAAUCAUCUUUGACUCGCAAGGCGUCGCUGCUAUUCUGUACCUGGGGCCAGGACGGAGCUGUAGCUCUGGAAACUGGUUCAGGCAAUCUUUUUCACAAGCCAGCGUACACAGCACCAGACUUUACCGUCGUCGAUCCGAUAGGAGCCGGAGACACGUUUAUCGCGGGGAUGCUAUACACCUUGAUAUACCGGGAUCGAUAUUGGGAUAUGUCCCAGAAGCUGGGCUUUGCGAAUCGAGUUGCAGGGAUGAAGGUUGGACAAGAGGGAUUCGCUGGGCUUGAACAGGCUUUGACUUCCUAUCCUUGAUCUGGACGGCUGCAUUAUACUUGGAAAUAAAUAUAUAUUUGUACAAAAUUGCGCAUGACGUUGGCAUUGGAAUUCUAUAUAGUACUUCC